AUAUAAAACACAAAAAUGGAAAACUAGUCCAGAAAAAUACAUAUACCCGAAUGCGCAUGCGUGAAGCUCAUUGUUGUCAAAAAGUGGUUAUGGGGAUGACACAGGACUAACAAGUUGUCACUUUAUUUAGCACAUAGGAGCAUGAUGCCACGUAAGAUAGGAUUCACUGUAAUCAACUGGUCUGGUCAUGAGGAGAAUUACAGUGCCAGAGAGUUGAUGGUUCAUGCUCCUACCAUCAAUGGCUGGAGGUCUGCCAGGUUCUGUCCAUUCCCACAGGAGAUCACACUACAGAUGGUGGAGAGAUGUCGCAUCAGGAAGCUGCAGCUGCUGGCUCAUCAGUACCUGAUCUCUGCUAAGGUGGAGUUUCACAUUGGGGACAGAGAACCAGUUUCUCCCCAGCACCUUCAGCACUUCCGCAGACUUGGGUACGUGUCACUGUCCACUAAUGAGAAGACCGGUUUCAGAGCACGAGAAUUGAAGUCGGUGCAUGUAGAUGCUGUCGGAACAUAUUUGAAGCUUACCUUUCACAAAAACUAUGUCAAUCAGUACAACAUCUAUAACCAGGUGGCGUUGGUGGCUAUAAAUAUAUUAGGUGACCCAGUGGACUGCAACGAUAGCACCCCAAUACCAAAAAGAGAUCAGCUGAUUGAUCAGUACAUUAGCAGCACACAGCACAGCUCAUCACUGGAUGGCUCUUAUUCAGGGUAUAAGCAUGAGUCUAUCUCGCCAUUGGAUGACUUGGCGUUUGACAUGUACCAGGAUCCUGAGGUUGCCCGCAUCAUUCGCCUACUGGAUGAUAAGAAGCAAGAAAUGGUCCGAUUAGAGAGAUACCAUCUGGCAAAAAAGAUCAAACAGGCCAUAGCAGAUCUACAGAAGGUAGGGGAAUGUUUGGGCAGGUAUGAUGUGGAGAAGCACAGUGCCAUAGAGAGGGAGGACUAUGACAAAGCCAAGCAGAAAAAAGAGCAGAUGGAGGCCUAUAGACUCAGAGUAUACCAGCAACUGGAGCUACAUGACCUGCUUGAUAUGGGCCAGAUCCAGAGAAUUACAGAGAAUGUGUUAGACUGUAGUGUUCCCACUCCGAGUGUUCAUCCACACCAACAUUUCAUGCCUCUCUCUGAAACAACAAUGAAAAAGAACCAGGAAGUAUCUUUAGUUGAGGACAAGCAAAUUACACCGAAACCAACAAUCCUGGAAAACACAAAUGCAACAAAACCACAGACAACACCUUGCCUUCCAAAGAUUGAUGUCAGCUCCUUGCCGUAUGAUGAGAGGCCUUUACCAGCCUUGAGGAAGAAAUCGGACAAUCAGAUGCAACCUCAGGCCGGACAAACCCUUGCUCCACUGGACUCAGGUAGCCCAUGCAGUCCUGAAGUCACUGAAGAACCAGAGCCAUUGUCAGAGAAUGCCCAGAGAGAAGCUGCUCUGCCCAUAGAGGUCUAUGGAGAUAGACUGGUGGCUGGAGCUUACUCCAAAGCUUGGUCUUGUAGGGAAGAAUCUUUACUGGCAGUGUAUAAGAAACUAGCAGAGGUUUCACCAGGAACCCCUAAAGCUGAACUGAUGAACAUGAUGAGAGCAGCAGUGUUCCUCUGCAAGAAAGCACUUACUGAUAAAGUGUCAUCUGUAUUCCAGGCAUCACUAAAGCUGCUGAGGAUGAUUCUAAAGGAUUUUGUGUCUUCUCACCAGCUGGGAAGAUCUGAGAUAAUUUACUGUGUAGAUCACAUCUGGCCAAGUCUUCUCUCUCGGACCGCGGAGUCUACAGUGAGACUCCGCACACUGGCCAUCGCUUUUAUUCAGGAGAUGGCUGUGUAUAAGGAGGUUCGAGCUCUGCAGUUUGUCCCCAGUGAGCUAGUAAAGCCCAUAAAGAGCAGCAUGCCUGCACGUCUCGCUCUCAGCAGACUCGAACUGCUGGAAAAUCUUCUGGAACCGCUUGGCACAAACGACUCCGGUUUUACCCUUGGCAACGUCAUGCUGUUUCUAGCAGGAGCACUGGAGCAUUGUGCUGCACCCGUACGUGAGCUGGCUGUACGGAUCAUCCAGAUGAUGUACCAUCUCCACGGACGUUCCAUACUGAGCUACCUUCCACCAGAUGAUCCAAGCACUCGCAAAAACAUCCUCUAUAAACAUCUCUUUGACUCUUUUGCCAAGAUAGACGGCAGACUUCCACAACCACAGGUGAAAAAAGGAAGGGUGCAGAAAGUGGUAGAGAAAGAGGAGCAGGAAAUCAAGAGCCUGCAGGAUCAACUGGCUGUUCUGAAGGAGAUUAGUGAAAAGGGGAAGGAAAAGAACAAAUCACCAGAGAGAAAAAUGGAGAAGUCACAUAAGGCAGGUGUUAAAAAGGGAACGCAUUCCAUCUGUACUGAUGGAAAAGUGGGCCAGUCCAUACCAAACUACCUAGACAACCUUUGUAUAUUUUGUGGGGAGAGAGAUAAGUCUUUUACCGAAGAGGGUUUGGACCUGCACUACUGGAAACACUGUCCAAUGCUGUGUCGAUGCCUCCAGUGCAGACAGGUUGUAGAGAUCGCAAGCCUAACUGAGCACCUGCUCUCAGAGUGUGAACACAAAGCAGAUUUUACCCAGUGUCCUCACUGUUCUGAGGCCAUCAUGAAAAAUAAGCUGACUGAACAUGCCCAAAGCACAGCCUGUAAAACUCUUCCAGAUACUGUGGCCAAAGGAAACUGUAACCACUGUCCUUUGUGCCAUGAGGACAUUUCUCCAGGAGAGGAGGGCUGGAAGUUUCACCUCAUGGACAGCAGUGCCGGUUGUAAGCAGAACACACGUAGGACAGCGGCAUUACAGCGAGCAAAGACACACACACAAGGGAAGACAUUUGGUACAGCAGCAUUGAAGGCGGCAGCAGUGGAAUCUGUUGGGAAAGGCAGAGGUGGUGGCCGGAGCAGCACUCGUAUCCCUGCGCCAGCACCACGCCCCAGUAGGACCAGUAAACUAAAGCCUUAGUACCAGCCAAUGAACUUAUAAGCUUUGCUCAGCACAGUCGGACAUGAUUAUAGGAGUACAGCACAAAAUUUUCUCCUAAUCAUAUCCAUCAGCACGGCAGUGAAAUACACAUAGUAAUUAAGAUUAAGGAGAUAAAAUAGGUUUUAAUUAGUUAUAUUUCAUUCUAAUGUAAUGUUCCCAUGUAUUUUUUUAUUUUAUUAUAUUAUAAUUUGUGUGCAUAUGUGUGAAGAUGUGUAAACAUAGAUUUUUAAAUGAAACACCUUUAUAAUUUUGAGUUGUUUUAACACCGUGUCUAGGCUGAAAGUGAAACAAAAUUACCUGGGAUGUAAUGUUGAAUUAGAAUAUUAUUAUAGCCUAAGACUGAGAAAAUGUUUAAAUUUAUAAUUCUUUUCUGAAAUGUCUUUAUCUUAUAUCUUAGAGCACUUGUUGAAAACAACAGUAUUGAUAGUUUUUUUUUGUCAAAAAUGUAAAAUAAAAUAGAACACUCCACAUGAACAGAUAUUAACCAAGGCAGUGUCAGUGUCAGUGUUGAUUCUCUGAAGCAAAAUCCACACAUGGUGUGAUGGAACAGUCAUUAAUAUCAUACCAACAUGUAAACAAUAUUUCAGUGUUUAUUAAACGUACUUCUGGAUUAA